GUCUUCAUCUCCUCCCCUCUCAACUCACAGCCAAAAUGUUCGCUGCCAGGCAAGCAUUCUCUCAGGCCCAGCGCCGCGCCUUCUCGGUGUCUGCCCGUCAGUCAUCCAAGGUCACCGUUCUCGGUGCUGCCGGUGGUAUCGGCCAGCCGCUGUCGCUCCUCCUCAAGCUCAACCCCAGAGUUAGCAAGCUCUCCCUCUACGAUAUCCGCCUAGCUCCCGGCGUCGCUGCCGAUAUUGGCCACAUCAACACCAAGAGCGAGGUCAUCGGCCAUGAAGCCACUCCCUCAGGUCUCGCCGCGGCCCUCAAGGGUGCUGAGAUCGUCGUCAUCCCCGCUGGUGUCCCCCGCAAGCCUGGCAUGACUCGUGAUGACUUGUUCAACACCAACGCCUCCAUCGUCCGCGAUCUGGCCAAGGCCGCCGCUGAGCACGCUCCUGAGGCUAACAUCUUGAUCAUCUCCAACCCGGUCAACUCUACCGUCCCCAUCACCGCCGAGGUCUUCAAGUCCAAGGGCGUCUACAACCCCAGGCGCCUGUUCGGUGUUACCACCCUCGACGUUGUCCGCGCCUCGCGCUUCAUCUCGCAGCUCAGGAACACCGAUCCAGCCAGCGAGAACAUCACCGUCGUCGGCGGCCACUCCGGCGCCACCAUUGUGCCCCUCCUGUCCCAGUCCGGCUACAACCUCGAGGGCGAGAAGCUCGACGCUUACGUCAAGCGCGUGCAGUUUGGCGGUGAUGAGGUCGUCCAGGCCAAGGACGGCGCCGGCUCAGCUACCCUCUCCAUGGCCAUGGCUGGUGCGCGCUUCGCCGAGAGCUUGCUCAAGGCUGCCCAGGGCCAGAAGAACGUGAUUGAGCCUACCUUCGUCGACUCGCCGCUGUACAAGGACCGUGGCUGCGAAUACUUCGCCUCCAACGUCGAGCUCGGCCCCAACGGUGUUGAGAAGAUCCACCCCGUUGGCAAGAUCACCGAGCACGAGCAGAAGCUCCUCGAUGCCUGCUUGGCCGAUCUCUCCAAGAACAUCGCCAAGGGUGUCGAGUUCGUUAAGCAGAGCCCGUAAGCGCUUCAAAAGUGUUUAGGCGAGGGUUGUACAACUAGGAAUGACUUUGGGCCACCGGAUCUGGACGGGACUGGAUUCUUUGGUGCUUCAUGCAAGCAAUCUUAGCGACUGGAAAUGUGUAGAUUUUGAUCUGUACCUUAGCACAAAAUACUCCCUCUUCGUAUCUCCA